AUGUCAAAUAAUACUAUUACUAAAGGCGAAAUAACCAAUGGUGAAGACGCAAUUGACGAAAGUAUUAUGAAUGAUAUGAAAGAUAUAUUUCAAGAAAUUGAUCAGGCAGAACUUGAACUUGCCAAACAACAAGUAAAACUUUUUACACCUAUUUAUGAAAAACAAAGAAAAGUUUUUGAAAAGAUUCCAAAAUUUUGGGCGCAAGCUUUGACCAAAAAUUCUCUUAUUGCUCAAUCAUUGUCAUAUGAUGAUUAUGAAGUUGUUCAGUACAUUACUGAUUUAAAUAUCAAAAGAGAUGACCCUGAAAAUUUAGAAAACUAUUCAAUUAUUUUCAAAUUUUCAGGAAACCCUUAUUUUAGCAACGAAGAAAUUGAAAAGGAUUUUACUAAAGAAGAUGACGGUGAUCAAUGUUUUUUUAGAUGGGGUCAAAGAAAACCUAAACAUGACAUAAAUGUUACUUCAAAACAUUUGAAAGAAGGACAUCUUAUUGAUGCUUGUGCUUAUGCUAGAAAGUUGCUGGAGAAUAAAUCAUCACUCAAAAAACGAUUUAAUUGCAAGAAGUUACAAAAGUUUAUAAUCUCUAUCAAAGAAGAAUCAGAAUUACCGAAAAUGUCAUCCAACCUACAUGUAAUGAUGAGCGAAUCUGAAAUUAUAUACAAUUUCAAAGAACUAAAAUUGCAGCAAUGA